AUGGUCGGGUCAGCACCGCCGUUUACCCGCUCGCCCCUCUUCGCCCAGGGCAGAGGCAGCAGCAGUGAUGGCCUCCUGCUCACCAUCGGGGACGUCACAGUGCCUGUGCCAACGAAACUCCAUCACCCGGAGCAUGUGAAUUGGCUCCUUCCCGGCGCUGCAACGUGCGGGAAUGGCGCGAAUAAGACCGACGCUCGUGACGACAUAGCCACCAGUGACUUUGGCGACCGCGGGUUACAGCUGCAUGGCGGCAAUGCCUUCUUUCAGAUGCAGGACCCCACGACGCUUAGCUACUUGCGCUGGAUGUGCCAGAAGGAGCAGCUCCGGCAGGACAUGUGCCUUGUUGGAGAGCCCGGCCCUGCGCUGCGGUGGCUGGUGCAAAUGUACUCCUACCUUGUGCGGCGCGAGGUACAGUACCUUUCGCUUAAUCGCGACACAACGGAGAGCGAUCUCGGCCAGCGCCGCGAGAUACGUAAUGGCACACUUGUCUACAAUGACCAGUGCGUUGUGGUGGCAGCCCGUGAGGGACAACUUCUGCUCUUGGAGGGUCUUGAAAAGGUGGAGCGUAACGUGCUGCCGGUAAUCAAUAACCUUCUGGAGAACCGUGAGAUGCACCUUGAAAAUGGCAUGAUGCUCAUCCACCCCGAGCGAUAUGACCGGCUGCUGCAGGAACUCCUUACGGCAAAGCGAGGCCGAUACGAGCAUGGCGGCAGCGAAGGCCAUGGCAGGGAUGCUGACGGUGCCAUGAGACACGCAGCGGCACAGGAGGAGCUACGCCGGAUGGGCUUCAUUCGUGUCUCAGAGAACUUUCGUGUUGUGGGUCUCACGGUUCCUGUACCACCGUACGAGGGCAACCCACUCGACCCCCCACUGCGUUCACGCUUCCAAUGCCUCUAUGUCGACAUUCCACUGCCUGGUCUGGCGGCGACGCAAGGGGGGGUGACUGCCGCUACAGCAGUGAGGGGUGGGCGUGGCGCAGAUGCGACAGAGUCUUUGCUAAAGCUUCGCGCCAUUAUUGACGAGGUGAAUACGAACACGAAGGAUUUUAUAGUUGGUGGAAAGCAGGCGAGCGGCAGUCGCGGUAAAACCAGUAACAAUCCCCAGAUAAAUAACGGCGGUGGAGGUGGAGGUGGAGGUGGCGGGGCGGCAAUGGCUCAUUGUGGAUUACAGACUAUUGGCAGCUACGAGCUUGCGAUGUUGUCAAGGCAGCUGCAAUUAUUCCCCGAUAUUCCUGUUGGCGAACUCCUGCCACGCGCAUUUCCGUGGAUGCUGUACGCGCAGCAGACCGCAACUGCGGGCGCCGCACACAUCGAGGAAGCCACGCGUCGCAGGCGCGAGUAUGAACGCGUGCUUGCUGCGUGUCAUAUUGGCGCUCCACUGUAUGAAUACCGCCAUGGUUCUACCGAUGCAAACCGAGAUAACUUUGGUACAGUGGAUGAAUGUGCCACGAGCUGCCGCCCCUCAAGGGACUUUUCCUUGACAAGAGAGAAAGGAAAAAUGCGUCAAAUUAAGCGUGGAGAUAUGACUUUUCGACACCGUCGCAGUAAUUGUAGCGGCAGUGAGAGAAGUACUGAGGUGGAUCGUUCUCCAGAGGAGUUCAAUGAUGUGCUACAGGUUGAGAAUAUUCGUGUCGUGGAAUACAGCCGCAAUACUGUGGUGGGGGACGCGUGUAUUGCAUGCAGCAACGACGGCGGCACCUAUCGCCUUCCUAUUUAUAUGGGUGGGUCCGCCGUGCCCGCAACACAGGAAGAAGCGGCAAAGGGAAUCGUCGUGGCUGAGCGCUGCCCCACGCCCCGCAGUGUGUUUACUCCGGCGCACUAUCACGUGUUGCAGUCUAUGCUGCAGUUGCACAUUGCAGGGCAGCAUAUUCUGCUGCUUGGGCCUAAUGGCUGUGGGAAAACGACUAUUCUUCGCGAGUUUGCCAAUUUGGUGGGGUAUCGCACGGAGACGAUGUACUUGUACGCCGACAUGACCAACAAGGACCUCUUCCAGCGCCGCACAACGGACUCCUCGGCAGGGGACACCCUAUGGGAAAACAGUCCACUUGUGGAGGCCGCGUUGAGCGGUCACAUUGCUGUUCUUGACGGCAUCGACAAACUACCAAGUGGAAUGCUGUCAUCCCUGCAGCAGCUUCUCGUUGACGGGAGCAUGAGCCUCUACGAUGGCACAUUGCUCAGGUCUCAGCGGGAGUACGAGAUACUCAAGCGAGAGUUGAUGGCGACAGACGAGGAAAUGCGAGCACGGCAGAUUUUUUCGGUGCAUCCCUCCUUUCGUGUUGUGGCAACCGCGCGUUACAAAGCCUCCGCCGGCAGCUGCGGCAAGGUAAGCCAGGGCUCUUGGAGAGUCACUCACGAAGUGACCUCUUUGUUUGGGGUUGUGAUAAUACCAGCCACCACGCGGAUGACUCUGCAUGCCGUCCUAUUACGCGUAGCGACGACUGAACUGCAGGAAUGGCGAAAACAAAUGGGCGUACUUGCUGAGGAGGACAAUAACACGAUUUCCGAAGUGACAUUAGAGGCUGUAACUCGUGACAUUGAUAGACUCCUGCGUCUAUGCGAUGCGCUAGAGCGUCUGCAGGAGACCGAGCCCAAAGUCCCGCAGCUGAGUCUUCGGCAGCUUCUUCAUUUAAUCCGGUUUCGUGUGCGCUACCCAGAGGAUUUCACACCCGGCGUGGAGUCCGCAUUACUGCUUCCACUUAUGAAUGCACUGACAGCCGAGCAGGUGAGGCAGGUGAUGUGCUCCUGUGGAUUUGAUGACGUGAGCCGUCACAAGCCAGAACAACAACGACAACAACAUCCUUACCAUCAGGCACGAAAUACUGCAGAAACAGAGGCGGAUUUGGAGGGCCGUCGAAGUAAACGCCACGAUGUUCUCGUGGAGCUCAAAGUCUCAAAUACUCUCAACAUGAUCACCGAUGUUAACGGUCGCGUGCCUGCGCGUGUGUUUGGGGUGCAUGGCAAGCCCAUUUUUUGUAGCAAUCGUGUGUAUUCGGAAGAGGAACAGGCAAUGGUGCCGUAUGUUACCCACUUCCACUCCAAUCCUGUGCACGAGUCUAUCAUUGCCUGGCUCGCAAAGCAGUACGCUGUGGGAAAUAACAUCUUGUUGAUUGGGAAUCAGGGUGUUGGGAAGAACAAGGUGGUGGACGCCUUCCUCGCCCGCAUAGGGGUGCCGCGACAGUACAUUCAACUCCACAGGGACACAACUGUCGGCACCCUCACAAUCAAUCCGACCGUUGAGGCUGGCCGCGUCGUCUGGUCGGACUCACCGUUGGUAAAGGCAGUGCAGCGUGGGCACUGUCUCGUCGUGGACGAGAUUGACAAGGCACCGGUGGAGGUGGUGCAGGUACUGAAGGGACUUGUGGAGGAUCACGAGAUGCACCUUCGCGAUGGACGACAGAUACGCGGUCCACGGGCACAUGCCGUGGCCGCUGACCGCGACGCCCUCGAAGGGGCAAAUAUCAUCACUAUGCAUCCAGACUUUCGAAUCAUCGUCCUUGCGAAUCCGCCAGGGUUUCCGUUCCACGGCAACGACUUCUACCGAGAGUGCGGUGAUUUGUUCGCGUCGUACGUGAUGGGCAACCCAGACGCAAUUUCGCAGCUGCGUUUGCUGAAGGCGUACGCGCCAAACAUCCCCGAGGCGGUGCUGGUGCGACUCAUUGGGGCAUUUCAGCGUCUACAGAAGAGCUUUGAGGAGGGGCACCUCACAUAUCCCUUCUCCCUGCGUGAGUUGAUCGCGGUGGUGAAGCACAUGGCGGCGUUUCCACACGAUGGCAUUUACGAUGCCCUCAAUAACGUAUUCAACUUUGAUGCACGCAACGAAAAUACUCUGCAUCUCGUCCGUCAGGUGUUGCACCUUCACCUUCAUCCGCUUAUGAGCGCAGGCGGCAUGCAACGCCUCCUGCCGCUACGCGCUGGGCAGCCAUUGCCGCUGCAGGUCUUGCAGCAGCCUCUGGAGGUGCCUUCGGUGUCACAGGCUCUGCCAACAACGUCGGCCGUGGGAGACACGGCAUCGCUUCCUGUGCGUUUUCUCACUGAUGCAGAGUGUGGUGGGCCAUGCUCUGUGCAAUUUGUAUCCACGUGGUGCGAGCGCUACAGAGAGGCGGAGUUUGCCGCCACUGUGCCGAGUGGCGAAUCGAAAGGUUUUACGGAAUGGCUGUCGGCCCCACGUCUUCCAUUUUUGCGCGCAGGAGACAUCGUGUUGGCCAUCACGCCGAUGGACACGGACGUUGGGACGGGAGCCCUCGUCACCCUCGCCGUUCUCUUUCUACGUGAAGAGGACCCCAGUGACGCAAAUCAUAAAAACAGUGGCAGUAAACGCGUUGUUGUUGCUAUUGUGGCGCCGCAGUCUGUCGUCUCUCUAGGGAUGGCGGCGGUGCGCCGUUCACAUCUUCCGCCGGGCCAGAUUCAGUUCUUCGACCUGACACGGUUUUUGCCUGCAGUUGCUGCUUUAUCGGCUUUCUCAGUCUCGGCACCAAUGCUACUGGUCUUCAAUGCAGAGUCUCACAGCACCUCGCUCGCGGCUGUGGCACCGGCUGGCUGGCUGCACGACGCCUUCGGCGUCCCAGCCCCACUUGUGGCCGUGGUUGACGCACCAUCAGGUUUUGUGUUGUUGAUUAACACGUUGACCGCUGCGGCCCCCUCAUCCCACGUUGCCCCGCAGCAACACGCAGCGCCGGAGGAAUGUACUUGUGGGGCUGUGUUGCCCGUCCGACUUGCACCGCCUUUCCCCGAGGCGUCGUCGUGCUGCGCCUCCGUCCGGCCGAUGGGCAGUGUUGUCGCCAUGACGCGAGCACGCAGUGCGGAGUUGUUUGUCUGGAUGAACGCUCGCCGCAUCGCCGUCAAACUUCCCGCGGUGAGCAUCGACACCGUGCAGUUCGUGACCGACAAUCUGGCUAUGGUGUCCCUGCAGGUCGGAGAAACCGUCCUUAAGUGUGUGCUGAAGGUGGCUGUCUCCGCGGAUGGGGAGGCAAAGGCGAGCCUCUGUCAGCUUCCAAACAGCAUCGCCGGGGACAUCGUUGGGUUUGUGGGCAAUCACGCUCCAGCGUCUUUGUCUAACCAGGCGCUGCUGCAACCUCUCACACCGGAUGAGCUGAAGGGGGCUGUUAUUGUGCCAAGCGGUAGCGGAGCAAGCCGUGGAGAUGCUGUUUACAUGACGGUGGAAGAAUAUUCACCAGAAAAGCAAACGUGGUUAAUGCGUGUAUACACUGAUACCGACGCCGCAGCCGCUGUUGGUGCCGGCUCGCUGCAUGUCAAUCAUUCUCAUCACCAGCUACUGGCGACUGAGACGUCUUCGGCCAAGCAUAGGGGCAGGAUCGUUGCAGUAGACUUUCAUCAGCGCACGGUGCGUUGUUUUUCUUCCCCAUUCACGGCAGCACCCUCCGCCGCAUCCUCGCAGUUGCAAGCUGCUGGUAACUCCUUGUUGGCGUUGGACGAAGGCGCAGGGGUGGCACUGUGGUACGACAACGCUACCCAGCGUGUGUUAGUUGCCGACGUUGUGGAGGAGCGUGUGCAGCAACGCUACCGCAACUGGUCCGCCUUGCUUGAGGGUUCCGUCAACCAAAUCGGGGCCGCCGCCUCCACGCCAAGGCAGUCACUGUCGAUGACGUACACUACUCCGCGAAAGAAGCCCUCUGGUACGCUAAAACACGGCAAGGAUGAUAACGAAGAGCACCACGGCGGCAACACCUACGCUGGAGGUACUGGCGGCACGGAUACUGCGGGACUUGGCGGCCUUGUUGGGCCCUACCGUCUUGACAAGGGUUGGCCGGUGCACCAGGUUUCACCGGAGGAAAAACAACGGGUGUCACCUCGCAUUAUUGAAGAGGCAAAACGCAUGGGAAAGGCCGCUCUAGAGGAGCGACUGCGAGACAUUGGAAUGAGUGCGAGGGAGUACGAGCAGUACAGGUCUCUCCAGGAGCGUGUGCGGGCCCCGGUCGCUUUGUUGCGAAGUCUGCUGAGUGGCUUGAAGGCUGCGGAGGGUGAGCGCACCUGGCUGCGCGGUCAGACGGAUGGCGUCUGGGAUGACAGCAAGAUUGUGGAAGGCAUCGUUGGUGAGCGUAACAUCUACAGGCGACGGGCUGACUCGACUGAAACGAACCCGUUCCAGUCGAAGCACAAGAAGCGUCUGCUGUUCGUGCUGGAUGUAAGUGCCAGCAUGUACCGCUUUGAGGGAAUGGAUCAUCGCUUGACCAAGCUGUUGGAAUCUACCGUGAUGGUUAUGGAGGCGUUUGCCGGGUUUGAGGACAAAAUUGACUACGCAAUGGUGGGCCACAACGGCGACAGCGCAUGUAUUGAGCUGGUCCCCUUUGGCCACCCAUUUGCCAAUCAGAAGGCGCGAAUGGAAGUGUGCCAGCGCAUGGUGGCCCACGCACAGUACUGCUGGUCGGGCGACAACACAGUGGAGGCGAUGCGGCAAAGCGUGGAUCUUGUCACAGCGGAAAAGGGGGACGCCUAUUUGGUGUUUGUUAUCAGCGAUGCGAAUUUGGCGCGGUACGGCAUCAGUCCGCGUGAACUGGGCGCAAUUAUGCGGAGCCACCGAGAGGUGCAGAUGUUUUGCAUCUUCAUUGCGACGCUGGGGGAGCAGGCGGAAAACUUACAGGCGGAGAUGCUGCCUGGUCACGGCUUUGAGUGCUUCGACACGCAGGCGUUGCCACAUAUUCUCAAACAAAUAUUCAUCUCGGUGAACCUCCUUUAA